UCUGCCUUCCCACAUAUAUAAAAUGAAACCCUCCUGUUUCAGCAGACUUCAUCGUGGUGUCGUCCAUUAAACUACCAUGAUGCUCCAGGCUGCUGUACUGAGCGUCCUCCUCUGCUCUGUCCACGCUUUUGUCCUACCAACUUCUUUUGAUCAGACUGAGUCCUCUGGAAACAGCAUUGACGAUGACAAGUUCAGUAUCUCUACACGUCUAGAGAGGGCAAAUCGUAACAUUGGAAAAAACCCGGAUGACUCUUUCGAGGUCUAUGGAGACAUUGCCGUACCUACGGGUCUACAGAACGCUGAUCCCUGCACAAGAAGAGGUUGCCUGUGGCCCAAAGCAAGAGAUGGGAACGUCUACAUACCGUACCGCAUCAGCCAACAGUACUCUACCAGAGAGAGAAACAUCAUCCUCCAGGGUUUGAGGUCCUUCUCUCAGUCCACCUGCAUCCGCUUCACCCCCGAGAACCAACAGGAGGACUUUGUGAACAUCAUAUCUGACAACGGGUGCUACUCAUUUAUUGGGCGUCAGGGUAGAGGCCAGACCGUGUCUUUAAUGCGCCGAGGCUGUGUUUUCUUUGAGAUUGUCCAACACGAGCUGCUCCACGCCUUGGGCUUUAACCAUGAGCAGACCCGGUCUGACAGGGACCGGCAUGUUCGCAUCCUGCUGGAGAAUGUCCAACCUGGAACAGAGUACAACUUCAGGAGAAUCAGAACGAUCAACCUGAACACUUCCUAUGACUACAACUCUGUCAUGCAUUAUUCAAGGUUCGCCUUCUCUCGUAACGGGCAGCCGACCAUCAUUCCUGUCCCAGACCCCAAUGUUGCGAUUGGCAGAGCCAGCCAGAUGAGUUCCAAUGACAUCCUGCGGGUGAACCGCCUCUAUCGCUGCAAUCAAACGGCUACCGGAGCUCCUCUCCCAGUGGACCCAGAACUUGAACCGAAAGAUCUUUUCCUCUAGAGGAAAUGAAGAGAAAAUUGCAGAAUGUGGCAACGGAUCACCUUGCAGAGCUAAAUACAGUAUAACCCACUGGCUUCAUUUGCUUUCAUUAAUGUGAUUAAAUGCUGCAAAAUAAAAUGUGCCUGAUAACA